AUGUCAACUCCACUGGCUUGGUUUACGUACAAUGAAUGGAGGAUGGACGCCUACCAAAUUAGGUCAUGUGCCACCUUGCCACUGGCCCAGUUUCAGGAUAAUGCCAGAAACACUGAGGCUGAUUUUUACUGCGAGGAAUGUUCUAGAUUUUAUUGUAGCAAAUGUGUGGAGCAUCAUAACUAUCUUUACAAGAAGCAUGCACUUUUGGACAAGAAAAACAUCAGCCAGUGGCCUGAGACUGAUGAGUCUGGACAAGAGAUAUGUCAGGAGCACAAGAAGGAAAAACUGACAGGAUUCUGUGAGGACCACAGUCAGCUGAUAUGUCAUGCCUGCCAUGUCCACAAUCAUCAGAAAUGCAGUAAAGUGGUACUAAUAGCUGACAAAAUAAAAGACCUCCAUCAAAAAGGAGGCUUCAAGCAGUUGACAGCAACUAUUGAUACACAACACCAGCAGUUGAUACGCAAGAAAGAUGACUUAGAGGAAAAUAUGAAGUCUAUUGAGAAAUCGUACAAUAACAUUCUGGAAGAAAUCAAUUCGUUACGAAAGGCAAUUAAUGAUUCAUUGGAUCAACUGGAGAAGAAUACCAAGAAGAAGUUGGACGCAUUACUGGCCACCAUGAGGACAUCAAUUCAAACUGACAUAGAGAACUGCAUGGAGUGCAUCAACAAUAUAACAUGCUUAAAAGAAGGUUGGCUAAGAAGCGAAGAAAAAAGUCAAGCAUUGAGUUUAUUCAAGUAUUCAAAAUGUCUUGACCAAUCCUUUAAGGUAGACGCGGUUUUACAAGAAAUGACAAUAAAGAUUGAGAAGACACUGACUUUUAAUCCUGAUACAACUAUCCAACAAACCCAGCCCACUCUCACUGGGCUGGGAAAAAUACUGAGCACAGUGAGACAAUCACAACUGGCUGAAAACAAAACACAGAACACAGUUACCACACCGAAUAAACCUAAAGCAUCCAGCCAGUCUGACCCAGGAAACCAAACAGAAGAUCUGACUAAAUCAGGCCAGGUGUCUGAUCCAAUAUCAAGUUCAUUACAACAGACGAUCCUGGGAUAUCAACCAGGUGCAGCUAUCAAGUCUGAUAAAAUCAUAAAAGUAAAGAGUAGUAAGAAAUAUAGUGUGAAUUUUAAAGGUGAUAAAGGCAAAUGCGUUAUAAAUGAUAUCUGUGAAACAGCUUCUGGAGAACUCCUCAUCGCAGAUUUUUACAAUGAAAAAGUGAAGCUCCUUGAUCAGACUUACAAAGUAGUGGCCCAUUAUAAGUUGGAUUAUGGACCAUGGUCCUUGUGCAGCAUUGACACCAAUCUGGUAGCUGUUAGUAUGAAUAACCGUGAGGUCAUCUUCAUCAGAGUGACCAAUGAUGGAGACAGGAUAUAUGUGACCAACGAGGACAGUUACCAGCUGGUCACCCUGUCCAGGGAUGGUAAAUUGAUCUCCACCCUUACUGACGCUGCCCUGAACCACGAGAUACAACUACCUAGCCUUAAUGUGACAGAUUCAGGACAAGUUUUUGUGUGUGGAGACUGGUUCCCUACAAUCAUCCAGGUGGACAGAGAUGGGAGUCAGAUACUGGAUGAGGUGAUCACAAAAGAUGAUGGUGUAACUGACCCGACCGCUGUCUACUACAGUAAGAAAAAAAGCUCAAUCAUUGUAGGAAUGUAUUGGAAUAACGACAUUAUGGUGUUCGAGGCACAGUGGCAGUUGAAAAAGGAUAAUGUUCGUUCAUAA